UCCACUGUCCAAUCAGACGACAAUCCAACUAGCUACCAACUGAGCUAUUCCACUGUCCAAUCAGACGACAAUCCAACUUGCUACCAACUGAGCUAUUCCACUGUCCAAUCAGACGACAAUCCAACUAGCUACCGACUGAGCUAUUCCACUGUCCUAGCAGACGACAAUCCAGCUUGCUACCAACUGAGCUAUUCCACUGUCCUAGCAGACGACAAUCCAACUAGCUACUGA